AUGCAUAUCUUGCUGAACUGCUUUAUACCUCUGAUGCCAAGAAGUCAACUGCAUCUAAACACGCAAAUCUCACAAACCUCUAUUGACACAAAAUCUAGCUCAGAUUCUCUAAGAGUUGAAGACGCGGUGGGGACAGUAUCCGCAAAAAAUAAUACGAAAAGUUUACUACACGGUGAGGAUGCACUCUCUGUUAGUGAUGAGACUGUACGGUUUCUAUUGGAUGAGUCUCAAUCUUCUGGCGCCUCAGUCUCCUUGCACCGGAGACUAGCGAAGCAUCGGUUACAAUGGACUUUCCCAAAUUUUUAG